GUGGGAAAGCUCCAGAAAGAGGAGCACUCACCGGUCAUCAGUCCGAUCUGCAGCCGACACACAGGCCACCUGUCUCGGAUUAUCCACCGGACAAACACCGCUGGAAUACUACUCCUGGAUGCUCCGGAGAAAAAACAUUUUUACACUGAAUUGUUGAGACUUGUAGAGACUUUAGAGACAAAAAAACACACAAACACGGAGAUCUGCUCCGCGUUCAGCACUUGUUUCGUCUGUUGAUACCGGGAAAUGAUUUUUUGCAUGUCGUUUUUGACAAACCGAAAAACGUAUUUUAAACUCUUAUAAUAUUCAUUUAAAACCACAACUAAUGAGUAUUCCUCUACACUAGUCUCUUUAGGUGAAUAUUAAUUGAUAUUCUAUUGUAAUUUCUUCCUGUGGUGGCAUUAAAUCGUUAUUGUAUCCUCCAAAACAUAUGAUAAGAACAGAAAAAAGGGGUUAGAAACUUUUUUUCUUUGAACAAAAAAAAACCCUUCACGCUUCUACCGGGAGACACGCAGACUUCUCCCCGCCCUACAUGCACCAUGAAGCGGCCUUGUGAGGACAGCAGCUCCGCAGAGAGCGACCUGGAGGAGAACAUCGAUGUGGGAAGAGAGUGCCUUUAUCCAGGGCACAUGACGGCGUCUCUGAUGAGAUCCCCGACCGCCAACACUCAAGUGACGGCGAGGAAAAAGCGCAGAGGGGUAAUCGAGAAGAGGCGCAGAGACAGAAUCAACAGCAGUCUGUCGGAGUUACGCAGACUCGUGCCCUCUGCCUUCGACAAGCAGGGUUCAGGUAAACUGGAGAAGGCAGAGAUCCUGCAGAUGACUGUGGAUCAUCUAAAGCUGCAGGCCACCGCAGGGAAAGGUUAUUUUGACGCCCAGGCUCUGGCGCUUGACUUCCUGUCUCUGGGUUUCCGGGAGUGUGUGACGGAGGUUUCUCGUUUCCUGAGCUCCGUGGAGGGUCUGGACCCCGAAAACCCUCUAAAAUCCCGCCUCCUCUCCCACCUGUCCUCCCAUUUACACCCCCAAAACCACCAUCACCACCUCCAGUACCACCAGCAGCCUCUCCCUUUAUCUCCCCCCUUCUUCCCCCAUCAUUUGGCUGCGUUUCGACCUCCAUAUGGACUCAAUAUGGGAGACGGAGGUCAUGUUUUAGAUGUUUUUCAACGCAAUGUCACCUCUUCAUCACCUUCUUCUUCCUCCUCUUCCCUCCUCUCACUCUCUACUUCAUUUCCUAUUGGUUUCCCCAUCCUCCCUCCUUCCUCUUCCUCCUCCUCUUCGAUUCCUCUCCUCAGCAGCACUAAACCCUACCGACCGUGGGGAACUGAAGUCGGAGCUUUCUGAUUUUAAAACAGCCUAAAAUAACUUAAAACCCAAUUUUCAUAUGCCUGCUACUUCCUGUGUGUCUUUGAGAUACGUUAAGAC